GUUAUAUCAGAUUCGUCUCUUCGACACCACACACCCAAAGGGGACAGUUCCAAGUAUUGUCACUACACAACAAGAACAACAUCAGACAGAACUUUUUGCUGCCUGUUUCUUUCCGCUGUCAACAAGAUUGGGGCCUAUCGACAGCGCCAAGGGAGAAUCCAUCCAGUCAUUUUUCUGUCGCCAUGUCUUCCCCUGAAGAGCUCAGUAAGACGGCUCAGGCCACCGACGAUGCCAUUCCAAGUGACGAUAGUGUUGACCAGCACGACCUCCCCAAUGAGACCGACCAGCGUGGUGUUCAGGAUGUCGAGGCCGUGACCUUGAGCUGGUCCCGGCUUUCGCUGAUCCUGGUGUUUCUCAACAUCUUCCUUCUCUACUUUGUCAACGCGAUGCAGUCCACCAUCCUGGGCAACCUGCUUCCGUACGCGACAAGCGCCUGGGACACCCAUUCGCUGCUCAACGUCAUCUACGUGGUGGCCGAUGCCAUGUCGGCUGCCAUCUACGUGCCCCUGUCCAAGAUUCUUGAUGUCUGGGGCCGUGCUGAGGGUUUCGCCCUCAUGACCGUUUUCGCUACUUUGGGCCUUAUCCUGAUGGCGGCCAGCGAGAACCUGGCGACAUUCUGUGCCGCAUAUGUCUUUUACACCAUUGGAUUCGGUGGCAUGACCUUCUGCGUGGAUGUGGUCACGGCCGAUGCCUCCAAGCUGAAGAAUCGAGGUCUGGCGUACGCUUUCACCUCGUCUCCGUACAUCAUCACGGCCUUUGCCGGCUCUGCGGCCUCGGAAAGCUUCUACUACCAGAUCAGCUGGCGCUGGGGUUUCGGUGUCUUUGCCAUCGUCUUCCCUAUCGUGGCGGCUCCGUUGUUCUUCAUCCUCAAGGCCAACAUUAAGAAGGCCAAGAAGCUGGGCAACUACGUCGAGCACAACAGCGGACGCACAAUCUUUGAGAGCAUCUGGCACUACACCGUGGACUUUGAUAUCCUCGGAGUGGUCCUCUUCUCUGUCGGUCUUGUGCUCUUCCUUCUCCCCUUCGACAUUGCGGAUUCCGCCCCCGACGGCUGGGCCUCAGGCUACAUCAUCGCCAUGCUGGUCGUCGGCUUCUGCCUGCUGCUGUCGUUCGCCGCCUUCGAGAAGUGGGUGGCCCCCGUGCCGCUGCUGAGCUACCACUUCCUCACGGACCGGACCGUGCUGGGCGCGUGCCUCCUCGACGCCACGUACCAGAUCGCCUACUACUGCUGGGACAACUACUUCACCUCGUACCUGCAGGUGGUCAACGACGUCAGCCUCGCCGAGGCCGGCUACAUCAACAACACCUUCAACGUCGUGUCGGGCGUGCUCCUCUUCGGCGUGGGCUACCUGAUGCGCCGCACCGGCCGCUUCCGCUGGCUCCUGUACAUCGCCGUGCCGCUGUACAUCUUUGCCCAGGGCCUGAUGAUCUACUUCCGCCGCCCCAACCAGUCCGUCGGCUACCAGAUCAUGUGCCAGGUCUUCAUCGCCAUCGGCGGCUCCAUCUUCAUCAUCGUCCAGCAGGUCGCCGUCCUGGCCGCCGUCGACCACCAGCACGUCGCCGCCGCCCUCGCCCUCCUGUACGUCAUCGGCACCAUCGGCGACGCCCUGGGUGCCACCAUCUCGGGCGCCAUCUGGACAAAUACCUUCCCCAACGCCCUCGAGUGGUACCUCCCCGAGUCCGCCAUGGCCAACUUCACCAUGAUCUACGAGGACCUCGACACCCAGCUCAGCUACCCCGUCGGCAGCGAGACCAGGCUGGCCAUCCAGGACGCCUACGGCUAUGCCCAGACCAGGAUGUUGGCCGCCGGAACUGGCAUCAUGGCCCUGUGCUUCAUCUGGGUCUUCCUGAUCAGGGACCUCAACCUGAACAAGCUUACCCAGGUCAAGGGUAUGGUCUUCUAAACGAAGCAAAGAAAGGGGAAGAAGAGAGAAUGGGUGUAUAUACUUCUUCUUGCUGUGUUUGCAAGGAGGUAGAAGGGAAGAAAAGGGGGCGGCUGAUGGCCGCUUGAAGAGAAAGGAGAAUGAAAGAACCUUGUCAAAGAAGAAAACAAGGUUGUGCCCCGUGACGGAUUGAAUCAUGAGGUCAAUGUUGUCAAAUGGAUGAUUUUGUUUUUACCCCCUCAUUUUUUUUUUCCCCCCCUUCGCUAAUAAGAGGAGGGAGCAGUGGAAUGGACGCAGUUAUGAUCUUUCCAAGCUUGUUUUUAUCACAAUACCAGCCAACAAUCUCUGGAUAUAAUAAAACAAUGGGCUGCUUGCCCACACAGAU